AUGCCGGUAGAGGGCCGGAGUGCUAGCAUCCUCACUGUGGCGGUGUUGAUUAUGGUAAUAUCGCUCAUUACCGUGUGCUUUCGGUGCUUUGUUCGCUUGCGAAUGCUCAAAACCUUCGGAUGGGAUGAUACCCUGAUGGUUGUUGCGAUGGUCUUUGACAUCUUGCUCACGGUAUGCGCCAUUGCUGGGUCCAUGGAAGGGGUUGGCCGGCAGUUGGAGGACUUCUCAAGCCUGGCCGAGCUCCGUCGGGCCAUGUUGUGGUGGUGGUUAGGCCAGUGCAUCUAUGUCUGGGCCUCUGGGGUCGCCAAGGUGUCCAUCGCGCUGGCGCUUCUUCGAUUGUCGGUCCAGAAAACCCAGCGCAUCAUCCUGUGGAUUGUGGUGGGGGCAUCGACGAGUAUCAGUUUGGUGUUCUGGUUCUUCAUGCUUUUACAAUGCCACCCCGUCUCGGAGUUUUGGGAGAGGCGAGGGACGGGCAAGUGCCUGAGCACGGAUGUCCUGGUCGAUGUGGCAUAUCUCUACAGCAGCAUCUGCGCCGUGUGUGACUUUGUGCUCGGGCUGCUGCCCAUUGUGCUGGUCAGCCAGCUGCAGAUCAGCACAAGGACGAAGGUCGCGCUGGGCGCGACGCUGAGUUUGGGGUGCUUGGCGAGUACGGCCGUGAUCAUUCGGAUCCCUUGCCUGUUAAACUACAAGGAUACGGACUUUUUGUAUUCCACCUUUACGAUCGACAUCUGGUCCUUUAUUGAGGUUGGGCUGGGGAUCACGGCGGGCAGCCUGGUCACCCUCCGGCCCCUCUUUCGCAAGGCAUUAGAUGACAGGCCUGGUCGGGGCCCCAAGACGACUCGGGGUAGUAUACUACUGUCCAGCCUGACGGAGCAGACCCGGACUCGCCCCGAGCCCGAAGAAUCUGGGAGGUGGCACCUACAGCCGGAAGGGACCCGGACGAUCACGACGGUGAUUACAGCAUUCCGGCGCGACUUGAACGCCAGUCCGCUGACCCCGACGUUUGGGUUGGACUGGAGGAAUGGACGGGCGGUGGGGAUCAAGAAGUCGUUCCAGGUGACGGAAGAGCAGGUGUAA